AAUAUUAAUUGAACUAAACUAAUCCUAAAUAAAGAGCUGGUUGUAGUGGCGAUGAUAGUUUCUUGAGCUGAUAAAGAGAUGAAGAUCUGAAAAUGGGUGACCAGUGAGUGAGCUAAUAGUAAUAGAAGUGAAUUGAAUUUAGAUCCAAAAAUAGAGAGAUGGGUUUAGGUUCGGCUUUUGAUUCAAAAUCUGGGCAGAUGAUAAUGGUGGCUUUGCUAUUAAUGAUCGGUUCUUUCUAUUUAGGCACUCUUUUUGGCGCUAACAAUGCUCCUAUUCCCAAUUCCUCCUCUUCUCCUGCAUCACCUGGUACUUCGACAUUUACCAACAGAAUAGCUCUUACCUAUCGGAGAACACCAUUAUUGAUUCCAGAAGGCGGGAUGAAUAUAUGUCCCCUGAAGUUCAAUGAGUAUAUCCCUUGCCAUGAUAUUAAAUAUAUCAGUGGUCUACUCCCAACUUUGGAUCUUUCCAGACGAGAAGAGCUAGAGCGACAUUGUCCUUCCUUAGAAAAACGUUUAUUCUGCUUGGUGCCACCACCAGAAGAUUAUAAAUUGCCAAUAAAAUGGCCAACCAGCAGAGACUAUGUCUGGCGAAGCAAUGUGAAUCAUACACAUCUUGCGGAAGUCAAAGGAGGACAAAAUUGGGUGCAUGAACAAGAUCAGUUAUGGUGGUUUCCAGGCGGUGGUACUCAUUUCAAGCAUGGAGCAGAGGAGUACAUUCAGAGAUUAGGUAAUAUGACAACUGAUGAAACGGGUGAUCUACGCUCAGCUGGUGUUGUUCAAGUUUUGGAUGUUGGAUGUGGGGUUGCUAGCUUCUCAGCCUAUCUUCUUGCCUUAGAUAUACAAACAAUGUCUAUUGCUCCCAAAGAUGGUCAUGAAAAUCAGAUUCAAUUUGCCUUAGAACGAGGAAUUGGUGCCAUGAUCUCUGCCAUUGCCACAAAGCAACUUCCCUAUCCAUCUAACUCUUUUGAGAUGGUGCACUGUUCAAGAUGUCGGGUUGAUUGGCAUGAGAACAAUGGUAUUUUAAUGCAAGAAGUUGAUCGCCUUCUUAGAAACAACGGAUAUUUUGUAUAUUCAGCUCCUCCUGCUUACCGUAAGGAUAAAGAUUAUCCACAGAUUUGGGAUAAGUUGGUAAAUCUGACUUCAGCAAUGUGCUGGAAACUCAUUGCUCGAAAAGUUCAGACUGCAAUAUGGGUUAAACAAGAUAAUGAGCAAUGCCUAAUGCAGAAUGCAGAAAAGAAGCUCAUAAAUAUAUGUGAUACUCCUUUGGAUGAUAUGAAACCAUCAUGGAAUACACCACUGAGGAACUGCAUACAAAGAAGGUCUUCACAAGCAAAUGCUAAGAAACUCCCUCCUAGGCCAGAGCGUCUUUCUUUAUAUUCAGAGAGCCUUUCCAGAAUAGGUGUCAGUGAAGAAGAUUUUUCUUCAGAUGCUAUAUUCUGGCAAAAUCAAGUCAGAAAUUACUGGAAGCUGAUGAAUGCCAGUGAUACAGAUAUACGAAAUAUUAUGGACAUGAAUGCUUUUGUUGGGGGGUUUUCCAUGGCUUUGAAUACUUUGCCUGUGUGGGUGAUGAAUGUAGUUCCUAUGAGCGCGAAUAAUACUUUGUCUGCUAUAUAUGACCGAGGUCUUUUAGGAAUUUAUCAUGAUUGGUGUGAAUCAUUCUCAACAUAUCCACGCACAUAUGAUUUGUUGCAUGCUGACCAUCUAUUCGGCCACUAUAGAAACCAUGGAGAAGGUUGCUUACUGGAAGAUAUUAUGCUGGAGAUGGACCGCAUUAUAAGACCUAAGGGAUUUAUUAUCAUCAGAGAUGAAGAAUCUGUCACAUUAAGAAUUCGUGAGUUAGCUCCGAGCUUUUUAUGGGAGGUUGAGUCGCAUUCUCUGGAAAACAAAGAAAAAAGGCUUGAAACAGUGCUAAUUUGCCGAAAGAAGUUUUGGGCAAUCAUCUAAGGUGUGCUCCUAUAAACGCAUAUUUUUUACGGACAAGUUUUUCCUCGAUGUAGAAUAGGGUGUACUUGUACUGUGACUCUACUUAGCUAUUUAUGAUAUAAUCUCCAUAUAGAUCUCAAGGAAAGAAGUCAGGUCAUAGUCCAUUAUUUAUUAGUUUGUAAUUAUUUUGUUUGUGUAUGUUAGUUUUCCACUUUAAGAUUUACAACACCUAAAGAGAUACAAUGUAAGAUCAGUUCUAAGUUUUGAAGCAAACAAAAUUUGGUUUCUUCGGCA